AUGUGUAACUUGCCGCCGAAGUUCCAUUCAGUGUGUCGCCUUUGUUUAUCAUUCUGUGGCGAUAAUUGCAGUGAUGUUAAACUUCCAAUAUUCGACCGUGAUAAGGAUAAAUCGCGGCUUUCCGAGAUGAUAAUGACAUAUCUGGCGAUAGUGGUUUCUCCAGAGGAUGUUCUACCAAAAGUUGUGUGUGGAAGUUGUGCGAGCAAACUGGAUGAAUUUCAUACAUUUAGAGAGUUAACACACAAAUCAGAGCGACUGCUGGAACAAUUCCUUCACUAUGCAAACUCACUGUCAGGUCCAAUAGAGGUAUGUUAA